UCGGCUCCUCUCGGCUCCUCUCGGCUCCUCUCGGCUCCUCUCGCCUCCUCCUCGGCUCCUCCCUCACUCUGAAAGCAACAGUUUGUCGGCGGAGCUCCGGUGGCAGAGCCCGAGCCUUGAGACGCUUCCUCCGGAGGAACUGAUUGAACGAGCGGGUGAAAACCUCCAGGCUGUGACCGUUCAACUGUCACUUCCACUUCCAGUCGCUGCUCGUCGGUGAUCGCCCGAGAACAACCGACCGUCGGUGGUGACGUGAGGAGACAGAAUGGCCGAUGGCACCGCGACCAGCGCCGGAGCGAACUGUCUGGAGAAACUGACGGUUUACAUGAAGACUCCGAAGGGCUUCAUCCUGGGAGCAGAGAUGGUCCUCAGCCUCAUCAUCCUCAUCUGCUACGCUGCGUCUAUGUACGGAGGAUACGCCGCGCUGGCCAUCUGCGAGUUGAUCAUCACCGCGGUCUUCUUUGGCAUCUUCAUGAUGGGGCUGGACAAACAGUUUGUACUGGUCAACUGGGUCUGGACUGAUCUGUUCCGCGCUGGGAUCGGCGCUGUGCUCUUCAUCAUCACUUCUCUGAUCUGUGUCAUCGGCGGAGCCGGCGACCCUGCUCGCAUCGCAGGCGGAGUGUUCGGUCUCAUCGCUGGUCUGUUGUUUGCGUACGACACCUACACCAUCUUCCUCCAGGUCAAGAGCACCAGGCAGCACACGGCCGCUUCCACCGAUGAAGGAGUUUAAACACUCCGACACUCGUCCCUGUGCUCAGAACGCAGAAGAAGAAGAAGAACAGGAAGUGGAGAAGACGGUGGACAGUAAGCGGAUCAGGUCACAGUGUGAACAGCCAACAGACCUGAGGAGAAGACGAACCUCGUCCAACAGGAAGUGCUCUCUCUCACCACAGAUUAAAAAAGGGAAAACUACAAAACAACAGUUUGAUGUUGUCGUGCAGCUCGUCUGAUUCACGUCUACUGUUACUGUAUUAAUAACUAGUAACUGUCGUCUGGACUCGAGAAGUGAUUGAUACAUCAAAGUUCUUCUCUUUAUGAGUUUGAUGUCCGUCUCUGUGAUGUAGUCGUUGCUUCAUGUGCCUUAACGUCUCGUUCAAAUUAAACAGUUCUUUCCUCUUAUUCCUCUUUUAUCCUUAAUAUCUCAAGUGUCCUUCUGUCCAUGAUCUUUUACCGUCUUUAUUAUCAACAAUCUCUUUCUGUUCUAAUCACACUUCGUUAAUUAUCGACCACAUGUUCGUCUUGCAGUUUUACGGUCUUUGAUUCUUGCUCAGGUUGUUAUUUUAUUUUUUUAUUACAUUUUUAACUCAUAACAUGAGGUGCAGAAUAUUCUCUUUACAGUCCAGUGGUCCAGUCCAGUGGUCCAGUCCAAUGGUACUGUCCAGUGGAACUGUCCAGUGGAACUGUCCAAUGGAACAGUCCAGUGGAACUGUCCAGUGGUACUGUCCAGUGGAACAGUCCAGUGGUCCGGUCCAGUGGAACAGUCCAGUGGUCCGGUCCAGUGGUACAGUCCAGUGGUACAGUCCAGUCGUACUGUCCAGUGGAACUGUCCAAUGGUACUGUCCAGUGGAACUGUCCAGGUCUGUUGCUUGAGAAUAUGGCAGAUGCAGAAGAAAAAAACAAACAACAUUUUUUUUAUGUGAAUAUCACAAUUGUAACAUGUUCUGUAACUGUUGAUUCUGGUUAUGAAGUUUGCCUUGUUAUUGUUAUUAUUUUUUUUCUAACAGGCUUCACAGGAGUCAGUUUGUACGUUACACAUUCGACGCCGCUGCGCUUUGGGAAAUAAAAGCUAUUUGUCACAGUGAA